AAUAAAAUAAAAAUUAUUUAAAAUCACACAAAUUUAACAAAUUUGAUAUGAAAUAAUAUUAAUGACACAAAUAAAAAGGAAAGUUGAGACAAUUUUAUCGAAAGAGGACACCGUACAACUAAAUGGGAUUAUAGAAGCGGGGCGAUGCACGAACCCUAGCAAGAGCCGCCGCCGCUGGUAUCGAGGAGAAGCUUGUUCGGUCGAAGGCAUCUAGUCCGUGAAAAUCGUCCGGCGAAGGCCAGAGAUAGGGCGGUGAUCCUUGGAUGAUGCUACCAGAGAUUAUACCUGUCGUCGUCUCUACGUACUUAGUGUGCUGUUUGGCUUUGUCUUGCUUUUCAAUUGACAUUUCGUGUGUGGAUACAACCGAGAGUUAAUCUCAUGAAGAUGAUUGCAAAUUCAGGCAGUAUGAUAUCCACGCCAUUGCUGAAGUCAAUUUGGAGGUAGAUGGUAUCAUAUCAAAAAAGGCACUGCGGCGGUGCUACUGAAUCAACACCGCCUAGAUUUCCAUUAGUUGCUGCAGGUGGGAAUAUUCCUUUGGAGGUGGAUGGACAAACCUCUUCUCACUUCCCGAUGACUGGUCAAAUCGGUUUGGUAUCUUUGGAGGUGGUAGAUGAAACCUCUUCUCCCUUGCUGGUGGCUGGUAAAACCAGGAUCUUUCAGAACUCUGUUUUGUGUGUUCUUUCCCCUUUUAGUAGCAGGUACUGCAUUGCUGUGUAUGGAGCCUACCACAUUACGAGGUUAGCGAGAUAGUCCGCUUGUAUGGCGAAUUUGUAUCUGAUCCUCAGUUUUAUUAAUAAUUAAGUUAUCUGUUUUAAAA